GCGCUAGUCGUCCCCCUCUCUGGCUCAUUGUUUUGCGGCUCAGCAUUGCUCUGCACCGCCGGGCGGAGAGAGCGACGGGCCAGAGGAAAAUGGCGGACGGUGUGGAUCACAUCGACAUUUACGCCGACGUAGAGGAGGAAUUCAACCAGGAAUCUGACUACCCAGUCCAUGAACAGAUCGACCUGUAUGAUGAUGUAAUAUCCCCAUCAGCCAACAAUGGAGAUGCUCCAGAAGACCGAGACUACCUGGACACACUGCCUACACCAGGUGGCUCAGAUGGAGGGAAGAGCGCCCCACCCAACGUGGUGUACACCUACACAGGCAAAAGGAUUGCCCUGUACAUAGGAAACCUCACAUGGUGGACGACAGACGAGGACCUGACAGAAGCUAUCCGGUCGGUGGGCAUCUCGGAUGUGCUGGAGAUCAAGUUCUUUGAAAACAGAGCCAAUGGGCAGUCAAAAGGGUUUGCACUGGUGUGUGUGGGCUCAGAGGCAUCAUCUAGGAAGUUGAUGGAGCUGCUGUCAAAGAGGGAGCUCCAUGGUCAGAAUCCCAUCGUCACGGCAUGCAACAAACAGUCCCUCAGCCAGUUUGAGAUGCAGUCACGCAAAAGUACCCAGUCAGGCCAGAUGUCUGGGGAAGGUAAAGCUGGUCCCCCUGGUGCUGGCCUUCGUUUCCCCUUGGGUCGAGGCAGAGGCAGGUUCCCUGGACCACCCGGCCCCGGUGGAGACCGCUUCCCUGGUCCCAUUGGGCCUGGAGGACCGCCACCACACUUCCCUGGUUAGUUUGGUAACAAUUUAUUAAAGGGAAUAGUUGUGAUUGAGAUAAAUAGUUCACUAGAUCUUACUUUGUAUCAUGCUUUUCUGUUUUGUCCCUUGUGUUCUCUUUUAGGUGGGAUGCAAGGUCCCCCACGUCCCCCUCCUGGUCCCCCUGGUCCCCCUGGUCCACCAGGACCUCCACUUCCUGGCCGGCCUCCCCCUCCCCUUUCUGGUCCUCCGAAUAGAGGCGAUAGGCCUCCACCCCCUGUUCUAUUCCCUCAGUUUGGCCAGCCUCCAAUGGGACCCCUGCCCCCAGGUCCCCCUCCUCCAGGUUAUGGCCCUCCACCUGGUCCCCCACCCCCUCAGCAGGGCCCCCCACCCCCAGGACCCUUCCCUCCACGUCCCCCAGGCCCCAUUGGGCCCCCCAUGGCUUUGGCUCCGCCUCCACACAUGCCAGGUCCCCCACCGGGUGGACCACCACCAGCACCGCAUGUCAACCCUGCCUUCUUCCCCCCACCUGGCAACAACAACAUGCCACCUAAUGACAACCGAGGCCCCCCAGGACCAAACGACCCAUACGGGCGCCCACCACCAUAUGAAAGAGGGGACUACGGUCCUGGAGGCCGUGAGAUGGAGGCGUCACGGACCCCUCUGAGCGAGGCUGAGUUUGAGGAGAUCAUGAACAGGAACAGAGCCAUCUCCUCCAGCGCCAUAUCUAGAGCAGUGUCUGAUGCCAGUGCAGCUGACUAUGGCAGUGCUAUAGAGACCCUGGUGACAGCUAUCAGUCUGAUUAAGCAGUCCAAAGUGUCAGCAGAUGACCGCUGUAAGGUCCUCAUCAGUUCCCUACAGGACUGCCUCCACGGCAUUGAGUCAAAAAGCUACGGUUCCGCCUCCAGGCGAGAACGUUCCAGGGAACGGGACCAUAGUCGUUCCAGAGAAAAGAGCCGACGUCACAAGUCCCGCAGCCGUGACAGGCAUGAGGACUAUUACCGAGAACGCAGCCGGGAGCGGGACCGCCAUCGUGAGAGGGACCGUGACCGAGACCGGGAGAGAGAGAGGGAGAGAGAGUACCGACACCGCUAGACGAGAAGGGAGCUAACGAGGAUCAAGGAUGGAUGGAAGAAAAAGGAGGAAGAAUUUCAGUGCGCCACCACUUCCCCACCCUGCAUGACCGGACAGGAUUACAACCACCACCUCUUCCUCCAUCUAUCCUCUCCUCUGCUUCUCCACCCAUCCUUUUUCUCUGUCUGUUCAUCUUGUCUGCCUGAAUAAGAGCAGUGGAUGGAAGACCCUGACCUGUGUAAGGCUAUGUUAUCCCUACAUCUAUACUCAUGGUAACUAAAGAUGAAAGAAAAGAAACUUUCCAAGCAGUUCUUUUAUUUUUAUGAUGUUUUAUUUGACAUGAAGAUGACUACGUGUGAUGCUUUUUUGCAAAGAAACAAUAAAUUGGCCCACACAAACCCUAACUAGAAGACACAAACAUUACAUCCUAUUUGUUUGUUAUUUUUCCUUGGCUCGCUGUACUGUGUACAUUCAGUUUAGAGAUCAGUUUUUAUAGGGUACAUGUUUGAUGUGUUCUCCCCACCCCUCAUUCUCAUUUAUUCCUUUUGUUAGAAUGUUUGUAAAUGUCUCUCUGCUUUUGAUUAAAAACUAGAUGGUGUUGUAAUAAAAAAUGUUUACUGAGGUA